AUGAGCCUAGAUAUUAUCCUGCAGCACGUGCUCAGAGGAGACACAGAUGCAGGAGACUUGAGAAAUCGGCUGAGAGAGCAGAACAUAUCGGCACAGGAAUACAACAAGGCUCUUUUUUCCAUUCUCUCGUGCAGAUUUUCUGGAGCCCUUUCAGAUUUGAUCGCAGAGGCUCAAAUUGAAAGUGGGAAGUCGAUGCAGAUGGAAGACAUGAGUCCCUUGAAGUGCAUAUUGGAAGAGUUCUAUAAGGUUGAAUGCUGUCCCUCCUUUUUGUGCCAUCAGGCUAUGCUUGAAAAGGAGGAUUACAGUCUAGUGUUCCAGAUAUAUUCGCGGAUAUUUGGGCUGCAGAGCUGUGACGGCGAGGAGAUGGAAAUGUGGAUAAAGGAGAGUUUUGAGAAGUAUGCAAAGGAGUUGGUUACAAAGUGUAGCAAGUGCAAGACUGAAAAGGAUGUUUUGGAUGUGCUUCAAAAGAGAUAG